AUGAAGCAUCAAACACUUGCCCUAUAUUUUCUACCAUUCGUAUCUUGGGGCUAUGCGAGUAUCCUCGAAGUACAACUUGGGGGCGGUACAGCAAGGGGUGGCUUUUGCAACGGCUCCGAUUCUAGCACCCAGUUCCUUGGGGUUCCAUACGCAGCGCCUCCGGUUGGUCAACUCCGUUGGGAAGCUCCCCGACCAUUUAAUGCAACAUUUGAAUUAGAAAAUGGGGUAUUUAAUGCGACCCGUCGACCCACAGUGUGUCACCAAUUUGGCACAAGUGACAUCGGAGCUGAUACUGGUCCAUAUGAUGAGGAUUGUUUAUUUUUGAAUAUUUGGGUACCGAACGGAGCGGAUGGCCAAGUUCCACCAAACUUACCAGUUAAAGUUUGGGUUCAUGGAGGUGCGAAUACAGGAGGCGGUAUAAUGAAUCCACAAUACAACGGCUGCAAGCUUUCCGAUGAGGGUGCAAUUGUUGUAAAUAUCGCUUACAGGUUGGGUCCACUUGGCUUCCUAGCACUAGAGAGCGCAGGAAUUGGCGGAAACUUUGGGAUUCAGGAUAUUCUCCUAGGACUUCAGUGGGUUCAAGAUAACAUUGGGAAAUUUGGUGGUGACAAAGAUAAAGUAUUCUUGUUUGGACAGUCUGCAGGGGCUUGGAAUACAUGGAUUAUCAGCACUCUACCGGACGCACCCAAACUUAUCUGUGCGGUGGCUUUGGAGAGUGGCGGCGGUGUGGACUUCCAGACUAACUUCUCCGCCCAGUUGGGCGGUGCCGCCUUUGCGAAAAACGCGAAUUGCACAGUUACAGACGCCGCAUGUUUAAGACGACUUACACCCCAAAAACUGAGCGAGAUUUUAUACCUGCCAGGCAGCCCUGCACUCUCUGGCUUCACGAUGAUCCGCCCUAGUAUUCAGCCAUUUGUUGAUGGGAAAGUCAUUCCUGUGCAACCAUCUCAAGUCGGGUCUCGGGUCCCUGCUGUUUUCAGUAGCACCUCGGAGGAAGGAGCGUUCUUCUUGUUUCUGACGAACUCAGAUCCUACGAAAGUGAACGAAGAGGAGUUCAACGUAUUUCUACACAGUGAGUUCGGUCCACUGUUAGACGAAAUCAAUUCGAGAUACCCAAUUUCAGAUUUCGAAAAUUUCCGAAUGCCAGGAUUUUCACGGGCAGCCCAAAUUAUCACCGACUAUGGCUGGAAAUGUCCCGCCUAUCGUGGUCUCACCAAAACAGCGGAGAUGGGAGUACCAGUAUGGACAUAUAUUUUUGAUCAUGUAUCGACUUGUCCUUUUACACCUGGAGUACCAUCUUUUGUCUUAGACAUAAUGGGGUCCGCCCAUGGAUUUGACAUCCCGUAUUCCUUCGCGCACACUGACGGAUUGCCCCUUCCUGGUGGCAACUGUUCUUUCAACGAGGAAGAAAAGCGGGCUAGCGACAUAAUAGUUAAUGCUUGGACGUCUCUUGCGACAAGUGGAAAUGCUUCAACGAGCCAGUUUGAGUGGCCUACGUUCACCAAUGAAAGUUAUCAAGGACUCUAUAUCGGACGGAAUACAACAGAAAUCACUUCCUUCGCUUCUGAUUAUAGUAUCUGUGGGUUCUGGAACCAGAUUAGUGCUAUCCUACUCGAAGCCGCGAAUAAAAACGCGACUAAUGUCACGGACGAGAUUCCAAGUGAUCCCAUAAUUACUGAAAUACCAAUCACUUCACCAGGCCCCACGGAAACCGGGAAUGUAAUUCCCACCGAGAGUCAGCCAAGUAAAGGAGCUAGGAUUGAUAUAGGCCUUUUCUCAAUUUCAGUGGCGGUUAUUGUCGGAUGCUUCGUAGUCGAAACCCUUUAA